ACUUUCUCGAAUGACGGUAUAAUGCGUGACGCUACGUUGAAGACCAGUCGCUAUUUGAAUCGGAGAUUUCUGAUGUUGAUGACUCUAGAAACCCUGUUUUCUUUCGACCUGUCGACAGUUUACGUCAGUGUGAUCGUGAGUGGUGACGCCCAGCUUGGCCCUGACGCGAUCCGCGUCAUCACUCGCGACUAGAUCGAGCAAGCUGAGCUAGCCGGAGCUGAAGGUAACUCCUUGGCUGAACAAACGCUAUCGUGCUGCGCUACAAGUACAACGUGAACAGAACAAAACCAAACCUCUCACCAAGCUGCCAUAUUGACGGGACUCAAAAAUGGAAGAGUCAGAUGGAAUAAGCAGAGAGCAAGAUUCAACAGGGGACAAUCAAGUUAGCUUAAACAAGGAAGGGAACACGAUUAAACUCAAUUUCAUCAAAGAAGAAGCCGAGACAGACAGUUGGAGUUUUUCAUCUCCAAAACACGGCAGUGACGGUUUGAUAGAUCCGUUAUUAGAAGACGGAAACAAUGACGCAGAACACUCAGACACUGAUAUGGAUGGCUGGAUUAAUGAAAGAAUGGGAGGUGACACGGAAAGAGCGAGCCAAUCUUCAGACGCCAGCUCCCAGCAGCAACCAAAUCAAGCGCAUCAUGAAUACGAGCGCAGAAACCGACAGCUCUUGAAGUGCUCCCGUUGCGCCAGUACUUUCUCCAGAGAGUCCAGUCUCGUGGAACACAUGAAAGUCCAUGAUCCGGUCUAUCCCUCACACCCCCCGCUGCGUACUAGACAUGCGAGGGUGCACACUCCAGGAAAGAGAUAUCCUCAAGGCCAGAGAACAAGAGGUAGACAGGGGCCAAAGACUACCUUUCCUUGGACGGAUGGGCAGGAGGAAGAACUGGUCGAAUGGUGGAAGCAGAAUGAGUGCCUCUAUAACAGCAACAGUCGGGGUUAUCUUGACAAGUCACUGAGAGAGAGGUUGUACCAGGCCAAAGCAAGGGAAAUAGGAGAUGGUUGUACCGCUGAAGACGUGCAGACACACCUUCGAAGUUUAAGAACCAAGAUGAAUCAUAUACUCAAGGAUGGCCAGGGGCUUGGGCCUAGCAUAGAGGGGUGGUCACCGAGGACGCCGCGGUGUAAGUGGGUCUGGGAUAGACUGGACUUCCUCAUACCCUUCAUCAUACAUCGCAAUAUCAAGACCAUUUGCAAGUUACCAAAGGGAAGCUCCGGUGAGGACUCUCCGUCUGGGGGCUCCGACGUGAGCAUGGGGGUCGAGAUUAUACCAGGGACUAGCAGCGCUGUGGAGUUAGGUCCAGGACCAGGACCUGGUCUAAGAGACUUCUUCCCAACCCGGUCUCGUGGGAAGACCAAGAGCGCGAGGCCGGACAUUGCUUCAAAGAAGGCCAAGAUAUAUGCUGUGGCUCAGGAGCAAGAACUGCAUGCUAAGCCAAGACCGGUUGAAAUGGAUCACGUUCUAAAAUCCCAUCUCCCACUUACCACCAUCCACCAUCAGCCUCAGCCUACCAUGGAUGUCCAAGAAGCUCCAACGACUAGCAUUCCAACGACCACCACCACCUCGCAUCAUCAGCCUGUCGUCUCUACCGAUGAGGAGGAAGUGAAAGCAUUCCUUGGACACCUGAAGUGCACCCUGUUGAGGAUUCCGGCCGACUUGAGGAUGGACAUGCAGGCCGAGAUACUGGCCUUGGUGUACGCCCGCCACAAGGAACAUCGGCAGUCUUGCAAGUAGCCGUGAGGAUAAUGCAUGACCUUGGCUGUUUGAGAACCAUUUAUGAACUGCCAUUUGUCACAAGCCACCACUGACGUCCCAGGGGCCAGAAACUUUAGGAUCCGGAACACUGUCACCUUGCUUCAUCAUCCUCUCAAUUCCACUGAUGAGAAGGAAGUGAAAGUGUUCCUUGGACACCUUAAGUGCACCCUGUUGAGGAUUCCAGCCGACUUGAGGAUGGACAUGCAGGCUGAGAUACUGGCCUUGGUGUACGCCCGCCACAAGGAACAUCGGCAGUCUUGCAAGUAGCUCUGAGGAUGCAUGACCUUGGCUGUUUGAGAACCAUUUAUGAACUGCCAUUUGUCACAAGCCACCACUGACGUCCCAGGGGCCAGAAACUUUAGGAUCCGGAACACUGUCACCUUGCUUCAUCAUCCUCUCAAUUCCACUGAUGAGAAGGAAGUGAAAGUGUUCCUUGGACACCUUAAGUGCACCCUGUUGAGGAUUCCAGCCGACUUGAGGAUGGACAUGCAGGCUGAGAUACUGGCCUUGGUGUACGCCCGCCACAAGGAACAUCGGCAGUCUUGCAAGUAGCUCUGAGGAUGCAUGACCUUGGCUGUUUGAGAACCAUUUAUGAACUGCCAUUUGUCACAAGCCACCACUGACGUCCCAGGGGCCAGAAACUUUAGGAUCCGGAACACUGUCACCUUGCUUCAUCAUCCUCUCAAUUCCACUGAUGAGAAGGAAGUGAAAGUGUUCCUUGGACACCUUAAGUGCACCCUGUUGAGGAUUCCAGCCGACUUGAGGAUGGACAUGCAGGCUGAGAUACUGGCCUUGGUGUACGCCCGCCACAAGGAACAUCGGCAGUCUUGCAAGUAGCUCUGAGGAUGCAUGACCUUGGCUGUUUGAGAACCAUUUAUGAACUGCCAUUUGUCACAAGCCACCACUGACGUCCCAGGGGCCAGAAACUUUAGGAUCCGGAACACUGUCACCUUGCUUCAUCAUCCUCUCAAUUCCACUGAUGAGAAGUAAGUGAAAGCAUUCCUUGGACACCGUAAGUGCACCCUGUUGAGGAUUCCGGCCGACUUGAGGAUGGACAUGCAGGCCGAGAUACUGGCCUUGGUGUACGCCCGCCACAAGGAACAUCGGCAGUCUUGCAAGUAGACCUGAUGAUGCUGAAGACUGAGGCUGUUUAAGAACUCAUGUUGAAGUUCUACCAUCCGUUGUCAGUCUCGAGCAACCACCAACGCCCUAGAGGCUCAAAGUUCUAAGAUCCGGGACACUGUCACCUCGCUCCAUUAGCCUGUUCCUGAAAGCAUUCCACGGACACCCUAGAUGCACACUCUUGAGGAUGAGGCUGAGAUACUCUGAGGUACUGGCCCCGACAUUCGCCCAUCACAAGGAGCAUCAGCGAUCUCGCAAACAUGCAAGACCCUUUGGUUAGAAUGAGCAAAGGAGAUCAUGACUAUUGAGUUGUUGAAACUUCCAGUAACAUAGUAGACUAAACAAAACAUCAAGAACUGCACAUGGCUUAAGUAUAUGCUUGAGCUAAAAACAUUUUGGUGGAUUCUGGCCUCUUAGAGGAAUAUGGACAGUCUCUACUUUAAAUAUCCUACACUUUGCUGCAUUAAGAAUUACAUUGUACUUAUAGUAACAUGAAAAUUUGAAUGUACAUGUAUAAUUGGUGGAUAUCUUGAAGGGUCCCUGCUUGUAUGUCACUGUUCAGAUUGAGUGAUAAAAAAACCCCAGGAAUAUCAUUGCCUUGAUAUGAACAGUGAAGUUGAAUUCAACAUUAAAUUGCUACUUGGUCUAUUCAUCGCCUAUCCCACAUUGUCUUAUCCUCCUUGAUCUACAAUCAGUUCAUCUUCUAUUAAUUAUUUGGUCUAUUCGUCAUUUAGCCCAUUUUCCAUUUUGUCUAAUCUCCUGAUAGUCUUUACCCAUUUUAUCUAAUAUCCUCUUGACCUAAUAUCACUAAGUCUAUGUAAUGUGUAUGAAUCAAAUUUUCAAUUGAAAUAGUGCAAAAUAGGCAAAGUGGAAAUCAUCUGGGCUUUGGAGUUCAUGGCAAUUUGGCUAAGAAAGAAUUAGACCAAGCAUAGUGUAUGCAAAUUGGCGGAUUCACAAUAUAGUGCGCCAUCUAUCGGUUGCAGCGAACAGGCCAAAUAUCCAGCUUUCGGGGUCGACAUCGCGCGCAGUGCCAGUGUACUGUAAUGUGACUGUGAUGCUUAAAAAAUGAAAGCGGAGGAAGAAUUCACCGAAAACGGUCUAAAUUUCGCAGAGAUAUACGCGGUGAAUUUCUCUCCACCUCCUGGACCUGGUAAUGAUUUCAUGCAAGCCUUCCGAGUCAUGUCGGCCAGCGCAGCAUAAUUACUUCCAUGCACUAGCGCGGGCAGAUGUCAAUUUCGGCCUGUCCGCUGCAACCGAAAGAUUGCGCACCAUAUUGAGAAUCCACCAAAUUAUACCAACUUGAUCAGAUAUUGAAUUGGUCUAGCAUUUGUGGUAUUCGACUAUCUGACAAGUAGACCAACUACUUGUAGACCAAGCGAAUAUAAAAUGAAUUCAAGGUAUCUAUGACUGAUUAGUGUCAUAAAUGAAUUGGCUCACUAGAACCUAAGGUAACACUGAAUACUAUAAAGGAAGAUUGACAAUUCUAGGGCCUGUUUUAUAAAAACCUGUAAUAAUAACAAAUGUUCAAUUUCUAUAAAUAGGUUCACUUAUUUAAUAUCAGCCAUUGGAAUUGAAUGAUUUCAGGAGCUUUUAAUGUUAUUGCAAAUUUGUUAUAUAUCAAGUUUUAUGAAAUAGGCCACUGUUCUGACAUUUGGCAUUUUGGCAUUUGGCAUUUUGACAUUGGUUUUUGUCUCGCCUGCAUAGCAGAGUAAGACUAUAAGCGCAGCUUUUCCGGCAGCGGCAGUGGCGUCGUCAACCAUCAAAAUCUUAACCAAGGUUAAGUUUUUGAAAUGUCAUCAUAACUAAGAAAGUUUAUGGACCUAGUUGAUGAAACUUGGACAUCGGUAAUGUUAUAUCACUGAACAUCCUGCAUGAGUGUUGGUUAACAUGACCAAGGUCAAAGGUCAUUUAGGGUCAACAAACUGACCAUGUUGGGGUGUUUAUUGAAUUGGCAUCAUAACUUUGAAAGUUUAUGGAUCUAGUUCAUGAAACUCAGACGUAGAGCAAUCAAGUAUCACUGAACAUCUUGCAUGAGUUUCUGGUCACAUGAUCAAGGUCAGGGUCAAUGAACAUAGUAUUUUUUUAUCAUAUGAAUGGUAUUCUUUGUGAAUAAGUUAUUAAUUAGUUGUUAUUAAAGUCAGCACUGCUGUUAUAUUGAAUUGUGUAAUGCAGGCGAGACUGCCAGAGGCGUUCCACUUGUUUCAAAUAAUCACCCUUUCAGUAAAUUUCAUCUUCCAUUAAAUUUGUACAUAAAGUACAAAAAUGUUCCAUUUUCAGCAUGACAUUUUCCCUAGAUGUCAUUAAAGUCAUAAAUUUUGCAGCGUCAUCUUAUUGUGCUCUGGGAAGAUUGUAGGAAACUUCAGGAGAUGGGGUCAUUAUCCCCCCCAUUGUCCUUUAGGGUUAAAUUGAGUUGCAUUAAGCCCACUGCACAACUUGUUAUUUCCUAUUUAAUCAGAAUUAACAGGAAUUUGGAAUACAACGUAUCAUUCGAUGAGAAGGUUAAAUUAUGGAACAAACUAGAGUUUAAAGUUCUAAAUUGGUAUUUAAGUACUUAAAUGAAAAUUCAAGGCUAUUUCAUUCACCUUCUUAGACAUAAAAGGGAAUACAAUUCACAAUAGUAAUGACAUCAUAGGAAUUGUACAAUUAGCUACCAUUUUAGCCAAUCUAGCCAUUACCAUGUUUACUGUGAAACAAAGGCUUGCAAUUAUCUAAAAUUUUGAUAUUGAAUUUCUUAGAGUUACCUGAAACUCAAAGGAGAUCAUUAUAUAUGUUUAUAUUAUUAAAAAAUUAUCAAAAUUCUCAUUAAAAAAACAAGGGCAUUGUUAAUAAAGGUAAAUUCUACCCAAGAAAAUGUCAAUUUGAAUAAACAUAGAAAAAUCAAACUAGCAUAACGCUGAAAAUUUCAUUAAAAUCGGAUGUAAAAUAAGAAAGUUAUGAUAUUUUAAGUGACAUGCAAAUGACAUAGUUGAUGAUGUCCCUCACUCACUAUUUUGUUUUUUAUUGUUUGAAUUAUACAAUAUUCAUUUUUUUACAAAUUUGACAAUAAGGACCAACUUGACUGAACCAUAUAGUAUUAAACAAUAUGAAUUCAACAUGUUCAGGGAGGAAUUAAUCAUUGUUUCACUUGACAAUGAGGAGAAAAUUUUAAUAUUUCAUAUUUCAUAUAAUAAAAUACAAUAGAAAUAGGAGUGGAUGAUGUCAUAGUCUCCUCAUUUGCAUACUAGCCAGGAUGUGCAUAUAAUUGUUAUGUGAAAUUAAGUGAAACUUUAAAAUGUCAUAACUUUCUUAUUUUACAUCCGAUUUUGAUGAAAUUUUCAGUGUUAUGCUUGUUGGAUUUUUCUCUUUUUAUUCAAAACAAUUUUUUGUUGGGGUGGACUUGUCCUUUAAAGAAAAUGGGCAUUGUUAAGGUGUGUGGUGGUAUUGGCCUAACAUUGAUUAAAUGGUCUCUUUCUGACUGGUUACCAUGAAAUUAUCUAUGCAAGAAAUCAUAUGAUAUUGCACUCAAAUUUCCUGUUGACUUUUCUGAGUAUGAGAGUUGGAACAAUUUUUUUUCUUUUUUAAUACUGAUUUGCUCACCAAAUUACUGAUUUUCAGAUUUUAAAAUACUAAAAUGAUCUUGUUCAGGUUUGCAGCUCUGGUUAGAAUGUUUAACAAUUCCCCCCUAAAUUGCAGAAAUCUUGAAAAAAAAAGGAGUCAAUUUGUCAAAGUAGCAUAUAACUGGCACGAAUUUGAUGGUCCUACUCGUAUAUGUCCUAAUUUAGUCAAAUGACUACAAUGCAACUGAAUUUUUAUGUGUAGGAAUUAUUUGAAAACCUUUUUAAUGUUCACAUAUUACUUCAAAUGAGUAUAUACAUAUACUCGCCUAUUAAAACAAUUAAGUGGACAUUGAUUCACAUCCACAGACGUGUGAACAGUAAAGAUAUUGUGAAUUGAUUAAAAGUAACAAACUGAUGGAUUUUUCAUCAACUAUGAAUGCAUAUAUCCCUCAUUUGUUUAUUGAUAUACAACAAUUUUCAAUGCAAUAUGAUAGUGCUAUCUUGAUAAUGAAUAUUACACACACCAAUGUAUUAUAUUUAUUACUAUUUUGACACUAUGAAUCAUUUGUUUAUGUAUAUAUACGUGUAGAUAAUUUGAUGUCAGAAUAUUUUUGAAUAAAAUAAAGUCAAUACACUUUA